UGGAGAUGCAGUCAAAACUGUAAUACACUGUACAUAACUAUCAUGGCGGACAAUGAAACCCUGGAGUGUGUAACGGAGCAUGAGCGGAUACUGCAGGAAAUUGAGAGCACAGACACGGCUUGUGUCGGUCCGACUCUCCGGUCCAUUUAUGAUGACCAGCCCAAUGCUCACAAACGGUUUAUGGAGAAGCUGGACGCCAGGAUAAGGAACCAUGACCGUGAGAUUGAAAAGAUGUGUAAUUUCCACCAUCAAGGCUUUGUGGAUGCCAUAACUGAACUUCUUAAAGUGCGUGCUGAUGCAGAGAAACUGAUGGGUCAAGUGACGGACACUAACAGGAGACUGCAGGACGCAGGGAGAGAUGUAACAGCUCAGACAGAGGAAGUGAUUCGCUGUCGGAUCCAGCAGAGGAACAUGGCCACCACAGUGGAGAAGCUUCAGCUCUGCAUACCAGUGCUUGAAAUGUACAGCAAACUGAAGGAGCAACUGGAUUCAAGAAGAUAUUAUGCUGCAUUGAAAACCAUGGAGCAGCUGGAGAAGGUGUAUAUUCCAAGGGUCAGUCAGUACAGGUUCUGCCAGAUCAUGGCAGAAAAUCUUCCCAGACUGAGGGAGGAAAUCAAAGAAAUCUCAAUGUCAGACCUCAAAGACUUCCUGGAAAGCAUUCGGAAGCAUUCUGACAAGGUUGGAGAGACGGCGAUGAGACAGGCGCAGCAGCACAGGACCUUCAACAGUGCUGUGGCAAAGCAGGUCCACACAGGACACUACAGCAAGCCUGUUUAUUCUCUGAGCGGACGCGCACACACACACAUCUCCAACGGCCUGCUGACCGAUGACGAACCUGGAGACGAGGAGGAAGCAGAUGAAGAGGUUCUUACAGCUCAGGACCUGGUGGAUUUCUCCCCUGUCUACAGAUGUCUACAUAUAUAUACUGUGCUGGGUGACAGAGAAACAUUUGAGAACUACUACAGGAAGCAGAGGAAGAAACAAGCCCGUCUAGUGUUGCAGCCACAGGCUAACAUGCAUGAGACUGUAGAAGGCUACAGACGAUACUUUAAUCAGAUUGUGGGGUUUUUUGUAGUGGAGGACCACAUCCUUCAUGCCACCAGGGGGCUGGUCACCAGAGCGUUCACCGAUGAACUGUGGAACAUGGCCUUGUCCAAGAUCAUUGCUGUGCUCCGGACACAUUCUUCCUACUGUGAUGACCCAGACCUGGUUUUGGAGCUGAAGAAUCUCAUAGUCAUCUGCGCUGACACACUGCAGGGUUAUGGUUUCCCAGUGAAUCGACUCUUUGACCUGCUAUUCGAGGUCCGAGACCAAUACAAUGAAACACUGCUGAAAAAAUGGGCCCUGGUUUUCAGAGAGAUCUUUGAGUCAGACAACUACAGCCCUAUCCCAGUGGAAACAGAGGAGGAGUAUAAACUGGUGACCAGUCGCUUUCCCUUUCAUGAUCCUGAGAUUGAAAAGCAGGACUUCCCUAAGAAGCUGCCGAUGUCUCAGUCUGUCCCUCAGAUCUACACACAGGUCAAAGAGUUCAUUUAUGCCAGCCUCAAGUUCUCAGAGUCCCUGCACCGCAGUUCAACAGAGAUCGAUGACAUGCUGCGAAAAUCAACCAACUUGCUGCUGACCAGAACUCUGAGCAGCUGCUUGCAAAACCUCAUCAAGAAACCACACAUAGGACUGACUGAGCUGGUGCAGAUUAUCAUAAACACCACUCACCUGGAACAGGCCUGUAAAUACCUGGAGGAGUUCAUAACCAACAUCACCAACGUUUCACCCGAAACAGUUCACACCACAAGACUCUAUGGCUUAUCCACAUUUAAGGAUGCUCGCCAUGCUGCAGAGGGGGAGAUUUACACCAAGCUAAACCAGAAGAUAGAUGAGUUCAUUCAGCUAGCAGACUAUGAGUGGAGCAUGGCGGAGUCUGAUGGCCGCGCCUCAGGAUACCUCAUGGACCUGAUCAACUUCCUUCGUUCUACUUUUCAGGUCUUCACACAUCUUCCGAAUAACAACAAUGACCAUGCAUCAAUGUCGGGGAAAGUGGCCCAGACAGCGUGCAUGUCAGCUUGUAAGCAUCUGUCCACGUCGCUUAUGCAGAUGCUUCUGGAUACAGAACUCAAGCAGAUCAGUAUGGGAGCCAUACAGCAGUUCAACUUGGAUGUCAUGCAGUGUGAAUUGUUUGCCAGUUCAGAGCCAGUGCCUGGCUUUCAAGGUGAUACGCUCCAGCUGGCCUUCAUCGAUUUACGACAGCUCCUGGACCUGUUCAUGGUAUGGGACUGGUCAACUUACCUGGCCGACUAUGGUCAGCCAAACUCUAAGUACCUGAGAGUGAACCCAGCCACUGCGCUCGCUCUGCUUGAGAAAAUGAAAGACACCAACAAGAAGAACAACAUCUUCUCUCAGUUCAGGAAGAACGACAGAGACAAGCAGAAACUGAUCGAGACUGUGGUCAAACAACUGAGGAGUCUUGUCAAUGGCAUGUCCUCCUAGAGUAACGCAUACAUGUUAUCUGUAUGUGCAAUAACCAGAUAUGAUGAGUGAAACAUGCAUGCAUUCACAUGCACACAUAAAAAAAAGCGCCCUGAAUAAUAUUGGUUUAAUACACCACAGAGCAAUCCCAUGCAGAGGAUCAUAUUCAACAUACAAACAGCUGAGUUCUCAUACUUACUGGUCGCAUGGUCAUAGACAUCAGCUGAAGGCUCAGCAUUACACUGUAUGGAAAAAACCUGCAGGGAACCCCCUGCCAGCAAACAUCAUUUCCUGUCUCUGACUUCAAACCUGUCAGAGGAUUUCUGCUAAGUUCUGCACACACUCCAAACUAUUUACUGAACCCUCAGAGAAACGAUCUGUCAGCGGCUCAUUGGAGAUAAACUGUUUUGUACAUUUUUUUUAAACUGGAAUGAUUGAAGAAGUAAACUGAGAGUAGGAAGUACAGGAAGUGACAAAGUCCUGGUGCAACGGAUUCAAAGGUCCAAACAUAUGUUUGUUCUAAACAUCAAGUUUGGCACCUGGUUUUUCUUCAAUUGAUGUGUAUUUUCCUGCACUUUAUUCUGAAGAAUAACAGCUCUUGUUAAUCUGAGAUGAUGACAUCAUUUACUGAUCCACAGAUAUAUUUCAGACUCCUAAAAGUAAUGACUGUGUGAAGGCAACAUUUCAGACUCAGUUACAUCUAUUCCUGUUUAUGUCUCAUUAUUAAUGAGUGAAAUAAGGAGAGUUUCGUUUCAAAACCUGAGAUAACAAAUUCAUUUACUCACACACAAGAAAUAGAUAUGUGUGUGUGUGUGUUUAUGUGUAUGUGUGGUGCGUGUGUGGGUGUACAUGUAAUAGAAAUGUAAACUGAAUAAUUUAUUAUUGAUCUUUUUGAAUUUUGAGUUAUUUAUAUUAUUUUUAUUAUUCAGGAUGCUGUGUGUGUGUGUAUGCGUGCGUGUGUGUGUGCGUGCGUGCGUGUGUGUGUGUGGGCGUGUGUACGCGUGCGUGUGUGUGUGCGUGCGUGCGUGUGUGUGUGUGGGCGUGUGUACGCGUGCGUGUGCGUGCGUGCGUGUGUGUGUGCGUGCGUGUGUGUGUGUGCGUGUGUAUGCGUGCGUGUGUGUGUGCGUGCGUGCGUGUGUGUGUGUGUGUGUGCUUUGUGAGAGAGUACAGAUCAGAAAUUUAAGAGCAAAUCAACUUAUCCAAAUAUUGUUGAUAUGGUUGAUGUGGCAACAAUGAAUUAUGCUGAAGUUCUAUACAUGAAGUGAAAAGUGAAAAUGUGAAUGAUGAUGUCCCAGGAGACUGAUGUUCAUAUAAAACCUUCAUGGUGGCUUUUUGUUGUUGUUUUUUCUGCCUUGUCAUUUUAGACAUUUCUGUCAGAUUUAUGGCACACCCAUUCUGUCUCAAUAGGUGUGAUGUAGCUUUUUAUUUGCCGCCAUCUUUUCUACCGUGUGCAAAUGGAGUUAAAACAUAGAGCACAAUUCUCUCUUCACUUUAUUACAGAUUCUGGAUCAAUCAAAGUUCCACAUACAUAAAUAUUAAAGUGAAUAUUUGUAUAUAGGCUUUACUUGUGAUGUGAUUAUGGAGGUACAUUUCUGCUAUGAAACUCAGAAUUAAUUUUUCCUGAACUUUUUUAUUUGUUCCUGUAAUUUUAUCUGAGGAACUGGACUUCUCACACAGUGUCUGCUGCAGCAGGAAGUCCUCCCUCUCUCUCCAUCAGUGGGACAGAUGCUUCCAAAGAGUUGAUCUUUCCCAACUGACAUCAAUGACUUGAAAUCUAUUGCAGUAAAUGUUAACUUAGCAUCUGUGACUUGUACUGAUACCAUUAAAUUAUUCUGGUAAGGAAACACAUUCAUCAUGCUUAGGAUUCUUUCCCCAUAAAACUCAGUCAACAAGCUCCUUGUUAAUAAAAAACCUUCAGUCUCACUAUCAGGCCUUUUUCUAACCUCAAAAUCUGUUUUUACUCAGUCAAGUUUAGUGGAGACACAGGGGGACGAUAACUAACACUCCUGAUCCCAAGACAAGGUUCCUAGUGGGAACAGGCUUUAAGAGAAAUGCUCCAAGUCCAGAAAACAGCAUGUGGUUUUAAUACCCAGCAAACUCUAACAAGAAGGGUCUGCGACUGCUGCCCUCACCUGUAGCCAACCAGAAACAUGCAGGAUCUCAGGGCUACACACAGUCAGUUACUUCAAUAACAAACCUUUUUUUAUAACACAAGUCUUUAUUAUAAAAUUCAGUCUGCAUAUGACUGAAUUAUUUUGUCCCCUGGUCUCAGACUGGAGUCAGAUGGAAACCUGGACACUUUUUCAAAGAAGUGCCGAUUGGGAGAGAAAAUUUCCCAAUUCUUGUUUUUACUAAAUGCCAGAUAGAAAUUUUAUGCAACUUUAAGAGACACAUUACAGCAGUGGAAUUAGAUCAUCCAUUCAUUUGUUUUUGCAUUAUAUAAAUAAACCAAUAUUGAUAAAAACAUUUCUAGAUUGUGCAAAAAUGCUUCUGUGGAACAGAAUCAGACUACAUAGCAACAGCGGUCAACAUUCACAUGCAGUCUGACUUUGAAGCUGAUUAAUAUUAACUUAUGUGAAUGAAGUAAAUCAUCCGGUGGACAGAAUGAGUGUGCAGGCCUGCUGACCCUUUUAAUGCCAGGAGGAGAUACUGAAGUCCAGAGCAGCCAAACUGCUCACAUAAUGUUUGCUACAUAUACUAAAAAUCUAUUUGUGAAGAUCGUUAAAAAAAGGCUGCAAUUAACUCUUGUAAACACAGGCCUAACCUUUUAUAAACCUAAAUUCAGCAUUUUUAUUCUGUCUUUUGUUUCUCAGGGUGAAAUUGAGGUUUAGAAUGUCAGAAUCCACCAAGAAAAGCAAUAAUGUACUUUAUUAUAUUAUAGUCUGUAGGUUAACACUUUACAUCUGUACAUAAACUUUGAUGGGAAUGUUUUAAAAUGAGGCUUUUUGUUUUGUUUUUUAUGUCUGUUGCUUCAAACUGGAUGUUGUUGUUUUUUCCUCCUUAUUUUUAUGGCUUGGAAAUCCCUCUGUAUAUAUUCCCCUUUUUGUAAAGAAAAGAUUUUAGCAGCUUCUCUGCUGCUGACAACAUGAA